AUGGAUAACACAGGAUAUCAUGAAAAGAAAACUCCUGAAAGAAUAUGUGUGAUUGAUGUGGAUGGUGGCACUGAAGGUGAUUUUAAAGACUUUGUGUCAUAUGAAAAUAAACCACCAAGACAACCUUUUCGUUCUUAUAUCAGUCACAAACCUUCAUCAACAAGAGGACAACGUCUUUUUUUAAAACAUCAUCUUCAUUCUCAACCUCAAAGUUCUCAAAUGCCUCAAAACCUUUUCUAUGAAGAAAGAAAUAAUCCUAAUCUCUUUACAAAUUCUUCAAGUAAUCCACAAAAAUAUUUUCCUGUUUCUCAUCAAAACUUUCAUACAAGACAAACUACUUUAAAUGAAUAUGGAUUUCCACCAUCAUUAGAAAGACAUAUAAAUGAACCAUUCGAUAGAUAUUCUAUUCAUAGAAAUAUAAAUUCAUUAGAAGUUCAACAUAGUGUUAUGAAUGAAAGAAAUCAACCACAAAUGGAACAGUUUCAUCGAUCUACUCAAAUUCCUAAAUAUCAAAAAGGUUUUGUACCAACUAGAUAUUGUCAUUCAUGUCAUCAUCGUAUACCAUUAAUAUUAAAUAAAAUUCCACAACAAAAAAUUUCUGAACAAAUUUCACAAAAUGAUUUAAUUCAGUCAAGAGAACAUAAUCCUACUCAUUCACAUCAACAAGUAACUACGUUAACUCCUUAUUCUAAAGAACAAAUCAAAAUUUCUUCUAAUCAACAACAAAAAAGUUAUUCUCCUUAUCAACCAAUUUCUUAUACAACUCCAUUUUCAAAUUUACAACAAAAUCGAAUGACUACAGAUUAUUCAAGUAAACAAAAACAAACAGAUUCUAUCGAUUUAGCAUCAGCUGAUAGUUCAGAACUUCCUCCAAUUGAUAAUAAUGAAUACCAUUCGAUGAAUAGCCUUCCUCUAGGAGGAAAUCAUAAAAUAAUUCAACAUCAUUCAAUUCUUAAAACAUCUCCAACUCAAAUAAAUACUUCAAUUCAUAAAAAAUCAGAAACACAAAAGAAAGAAGAACAAAACACAAUUAAGACACCUUUAGAAAAAAUAAUAAACAAAAAAGAAAAUAAAGAACAAAAAAAAUCUAAUCAACGAAAAUCAAUUCCUUCAUUAAAAGAAAAAUCAAAACAACAACCAGAACAAUUAUUAAGAAAUUCUAAUUCUACAAUUACCCAAUUAAAAACACAACAAAAUGAUAAUGAUAAAUCGUUUAUUGUUAAAAGUGAUAUCAUUAAUUCUGAAAGAAAUGAACUAAAGAAACCUCGUGAUACAAUAGUUGAUAAAGAAGAAAAACAACCUGUUUCUAAAAAAAUAAUUCCAAUAAAACAACAAAUUAUUAAUAAUGAAAUAUCAGUAGGUGGUAUUCAAAAAGAAGAAAAACAUGAUAAAAUAGACAAUAAGUUGAAUAAAACAGAAAAAGUAUUAGAAGAAUGUAAUGAUGAAAAGAAUUAUUUAGUAACUUCUUCUACUGAAAACAUCAGUAAUUAUUUUAAUUUCAAUAUUGAAGAAGAAGGAGCAAUUGAUUCAACUGAAGAAACAGAAACAUUUGAAACUAAAUGUACAAUUGAAGAAGAUGAUUGUUUUGAUGAAAAAUAUGAAUCAAGUUAUAAUGAAUUAAUGAAGUUAUUAAAAAAAAUUCAUCCAAUAAUCAAAGAAAAAGAAGCAAGAAAAUUUGCAGAAAUGAUUGUUAGUUAUUUAUUAAGAUUUGGAAAUGAUAUUAAUUCAUGGAAUUCAGGAAAUGAGUUUAAUAUAUUUGAUAAAACCUCAUUACAAGAAAAUGUUAUUAAUUCAUUUAUUAAAGAAAAAACACUACAAGUUAAUAUUUAUACAAAUGUAAUUUUAUAUAGAAGAAUAAUUCGUUCAGUUAAAAAUAUUAAAAUUAAUAAUUUUAUUAUUCCUAUUGAACUUCAAGAAUUUUAUUUAAAAUCUGAAUGGAAAUUUGCUGAUGAUUUACGGCUAAUGAUACAAAUAGCAAAAUAUGGAGUUGGUGUUUAUGAAUUAUACCUUAAUGAUUCUUUAUUAAAUUAUUCAUUAACAAUGAAAAUGCAUUUAAGUUUGUGA